AUGGCAUCCACCUUGGAGAGUCUGUGGAAGAGCUCACCUGGGAGCACGGCUCCUCAGCUAGCCAUUGAGGAAGAUGCCAAGUGGCUGGUUCGGGAUGCCAUCGCGGCCGACAUCUUCAACGACCUGGGCUCGGGCAGCAACAUUGACCUGUGUGUCAUCACCAAGGGCAGGGUGGACUACCUGAGGCCCCACGACAUGGCCAACAAGAAAGGGGUCAGAACCGGUAAUUACAAGUACAAGCGAGGAACAACCGGAGUCCUGACGAAGGCUGUGACCAAAUUGGAUCUGGAGGUGGUGGAGGAGACCAUACAGACUAUGGAUACCUCUUGAAGCAUCACUGUAACAUUCUGCUAAUUACUAUUGUCCCUCCCCAACUUCGCCCUUACUUCCUUCAGUGAAAAUGGCAUGUUUUUUUCAUGGUUUAGAGUAAAACGUCUGAGUUCUUAAGUCUUAAAUGUGUCCUAAGUGUUUGAACAUGCCGUCUCAAAUUGAAUUGCUUAGCUGGCAGUUUGACAAAUACUUUUAUUAUUAUUAUUUAAGCUAAAGUUAGAUAAUAUGAAUAACAAGUCAAUGUCUGUUUUAGGAAAUGUAUUUUUUUUUUAAACGGGAAAUAUGAGUUCCUAAUAUUUAGUAGUCUGCUAGCGAGUUACUUGAUCCUGCUGCAUAAAACACUUUGGCGCAGACAAUGUUUGAGUGGGUCCGGUGGAUAUCUCUUGGGUGAGUAUCUAAAGAUCACAGGUCAACAAAUGUCUGGUGUUCCAGGAUUGUGAUUGCAGUCUGUUUGCCAGCUGUCUAGUCAACAUAGGACAAUCCUCCAUAUUCCUUGUAAAUCAAGUCACCAAAAUUCCUUAUUUUAACAGCUUACAUUGUAGGUUGUGAAAUCCAACUCACUGCCUUAUGACACAAACACACUUCGGGUAAGAAAGGAAUUGAAAUGGGGUCUAAUGUGAGUAAGAAGCCCCCACACAUUUUCCACUCCACUUAUCUACUACAAAAUGCUAAAAGGGAAACAUUUGGAACGAAAUUCCACAAAUCACAAUAAUGUCAAAUCCUCAAAUGAAAGUACAACUACAAAAUGAAAGUUAUUGCCUACACAAUACUUCUGAGUGAAAAAUCAUCGCAAUAAACAAUACAGUAGUUGCAAGUGCUAAUAUUUUACAAGUCUCUAUGGUAGAAUUGCUAACAUUAGUACUGCGUUUUUUGCAGUCUUCUAAACUAGUGUGAGCCACUUGCCCUCUCUAUCUAGCAUCUUUAUGUGUACCUGAUUGCAUAAUGCUCUCAAGGCAGAAACAUAAUACAAUUCAAUACAAUUAAUGAAGUCAUAAGUAGACAGUCAGCUGCAUUUUCAUUGUCUAUAAACGCAAUUAUGGCAUUAGGGCUGUGACGGUCAUAUACUUUUGGAUGAAUGUUAUUGGUCAGCUAAUGUAAAUUUACUGUUAAUCCGUCUGCAUAUUUCAGGACAUGGCAUAUGAGGGUGCAUUGAGAUACUCGAUGGGUUGGAUGAUAUUUUUCAUGUCAAUCCUCUUGAAAAAAUGCAUGCUUAAACUGGAAAUCAACUAAUCCUCCGUCGUUAGUGCAAUGGAAAGGUAAAAUGCUUUAAGUGUUAAGAGUGCGUGGGCGACAAACCAAAAUGGUGCAGUUUGAGGGCAUGUGGCAGAGAGUGAUGCGGGUGCUGGCUAUGAGGGUGUGAGCAGGUGGG